CCAGCUGCAGGGGUGUGUCAGCGCCCGCGGCGCCGGGGAAGUGCGCAGGCGCGCAGGGCCGGCAAACGCAGGCGCAAGAAGGGCACAGCUGGGAGUCAGGCCUCUAGUUGUCCGAGCUGCCGUGGCUGGAGAGGAGUGGUCGGAGCUGCUUGGAUAUCCACAUUUCAGUUUCUGUGCCUAACCAGAGUUUUGAUUCAUCAUGGAUGAUCUGUCAGCAGAACAAAUUCAGCUGAGGGCUAACCAGGUUACUGAUGAGUCUCUGGAAAGUACAAGGAGAAUCCUGGCUUUAGCCAUUGAGUCUCAGGAUGCAGGAACCAAGACUAUCACUAUGCUGGAUGAACAAGGGGAACAACUAAACCGCGUAGAAGAAAACAUGGACCAAAUAAACAAAGACAUGAGAGAGGCAGAGAAGACUUUAACAGAACUCAACAAGUGCUGUGGCCUUUGUGUAUGCCCAUGUAAUAGGACAAAGAACUUUGAGUCUGGUAAAGCCUAUAAGGCAACAUGGGGAGAUGGUGGAGACAACUCUCCUAGCAAUGUAAUAUCUAAACAGCCAGGCCGAGUGACAAAUGGUCAGCCUCAGCAAGCAACCACAGGAGCAGCCAGCGGUGGAUACAUUAAACGUGUAAUGAAUGAUGCCAGAGAAGAUGAAAUGGAAGAGAACCUGACUCAAGUGGGCAGUAUCCUAGGAAAUCUGAAAAACAUGGCCAUAGACAUGGGCAAUGAGAUUGACUCUCAGAAUCGACAAAUAGAACGGAUCACACAAAAGGCCGACACCAACAAAGAUCGUAUUGACAUUGCCAAUGCCACAGCAAAGAAACUCAUUGACAGCUAAAGCUGCUGCUGUACUGCUUUAUCAUUUAUUCAUUUCCCUAGCUCCUCCUUCAAAGUCAUUACCUUUCCAGAGUUUGAAAUGUUGGUUCCACAUUAUUCUAAUCGAGAGGUGAUAUGGAAGAAGAUCUAAGAGUAACAGCCUCCCCCUGUUUUUUAAAUUUUCUCUUUUUCCCUUGAGGGUAGACUGCUGCUUAGUCUUGGAAAAUACUGGAGUAUUUUCUUUCUCAGUUCAUACUCUUAGAUUGGUAUUCAGUUAUCAUAUAUAGUAUUGUUUUUCAUCCUCUCCAUUUACUUUAGCAGAUUCUUCUGCUUUCAAGAUUUGCAAGCAUUUCCAAAGACAGCUAUGUAAAAGGAAGCUGGGGGUGGUGGGGGCAAGCACAAGGAGGAGAGGCAAGAGAUAAAGAGGUUGUUACCUCAGUAAAACCUGCAGACCAUAAAGCAAAAAGUUGCAUGACCACAAUGAACAUCUAGUUGGGUUUAGUUAGUAUUUAAGUUGCAGUUAUUGCCAAUUUAGGCUAAUGCUUGGUUUUGGAGCUUUUAUAGACAAUAUUUUUGUUAUACAUCACAACUUUGCAACCUCUGCUCCAAAGGAAAAUAGAAUGAGUUUUCUCAAAGUGAGCUUAAUUUCUGAACUCUUGGUGAUUCAUAUAUGUAUAUAGAUCUGUGAUCCCAUUUCAUAUUGCACCAUAUAGGAACACAUGGUAUAAAUGAAUGGCUGUUUAUUUUCAUAUUAGUAGUAGUAUAGUCCCAUUUCAGGCCUGUUAACCUCAUAAAUUUGCUGUUAGUCUUUGAAGAAAAAAAUAUGUAAAUAUGUAUAUAUAACAUGAGAAUUUCUCUCUAAGGCAGGGCUUAAAAUUUUUUGAAAAAGUUUGACAAGGUAUAUCAUGUGAAUUCAGAUUUACCUCAAUGCCAAGAAUUAUGUUUAGAUAGGAGAAAAGAAACUUGAUCUCAGGUAGAAGAUAGUUAAGUUGCUUUGAGUUUUAUGUAGCUUUAGACUUUUUAAAAAAAACUAGAAUUUAUUCUGUUUAAAAAUGAUUUAGAAAAUUAUGCCUUUGGUUUAACUAUUGAUGAUUGCACUAUCAUUCUCUUAGCCUUUUGUAUUGAACUUCCAGAAUCACAUUUAUUUAGGUCCUGAAGAGUGUUACAAGAAUCUAGUGUUUGUCACCUUUAUUUAAAAACUAACUUCUGCACACUUCUAAGCUAUUAAUGUGGAUUGGUUUGACGAAUAACCACUGUUUGAUCCUUACAGUUAAAUUUUGUAACUAACUAAUGGAAUUGUUCUUUCAAAUAGGCAAUGUACUUCUGUUACUACUUUGGGGGGGAGGGCGGGUUAGGGAUCAGUAAUUUCAUCAGCUCUUAUUUGACAAACUGAAUAAAGCAAAGAUCCAUAAAUCAAAAAGUACUCCAAUGAAGAGCUGCCUUUAGCACCUUUCCCAUUUUUGUUGGAAAUACUAACAGGACUUUUCCCUUCAGUGAUUUGUUAUGAGGUUCAUUUUAAUCAUUACUAAUCUUUUAUUCAUUUGAGCUUAAAUACACUAGCAACUGAAAGGAUAAUGUUUAAGAAUGAAAACUUCAGCCCACUUACUGGAGAACUUUCAAAGGCUUAAAAGGAAAAUACUUAAAGUGAGAUUUAGUUAGGCCCUCAGUAGUAGAAAUGUCUCAUUCCAAAAGAAGUAGUUUGGGGUCUAUUCUGUACUUAAAUGCCCUCCUAAAAGCACUAAAAAAAAUUUUAACACUGUUAUGGCUAAAGAAAGUAGUUCUGAGGAUACAAUAUUUUGCUCCAACAGUAUAAUUGUUUAGAAGUGUUUAAGGCACCAAAUUGUCUGGAUUUACACUAUAGCUCUGCCACUUGCUAGCUAAAUGCUGUAAAUCCAUUUCUGUGCCUCAGUUCCUUGUAUGUAAAUAGAGAUUACUGAUUCCUACCUCAUAGAAUUGUUGUGAAGACUCAACGUGGUAGUGCAUGUAAAGCUCUUAAGAGUAGUGCCCAGCAAAUAUAAGAGCUUACUAAAUGAUACUACUAUUCUCUCUAGAGUGGCACUCUUUUUGGGUCAAAGAUCUCUGUGAAUUUGAUGAAAGACAACAUAGCCUAUCUCCUCAGGGAAAUGGACACACAAACACACACACAUAAAUCACACUUAAGUGGGUCUUGAAAGCCCAUCCUUGGAUCCCAGGUUACAAACUUUUUCAAAGCUUCUGUGACUGAGAAAAGAGGAAUGAGAACAUAGAAAUUAGGUUCAUAUUACACUAGAAAUAGAAGCUGUUGACUUAAAGCUUUCUCUAAUUUUCUCCUAUAACAUUAUCUGGAAACUUGUUUCUAUUACUUUUGAAAGUAGUAACUGAAGUGGUUAGCACAAGCUCUAGAGUCUGACCAUCUGGUUUCAAAUUUUGAUUCAGUCAUUUACUAGUUUUAUGACCUUGAGCAUAAAACUGACCUAUAAUUAAGGAGUUUAAAUACGUAUCCUCCACUGAACUUAAUUUUUUUUUAACAAUAAGCUCCCUCUUCAAGUUUCCAGUCUCAUAAUGACAAUGAUCUUUAUCCCCUGUAGUUGUGCCUGUUUUGUUACCACACUUCAACUCUAGAUCUUUUCAUGUCAUGUGUGGAUUAUGACUCGCCCCUUAAGCUUUUACUUCCCAGACGUCUUGUACUCAAUUGCACUUAGAAUUCGUUUCUUUAAAUGCUGUUCUUCCACCUAUUUUAUUUUGAGGGGGUGGGUAAUUAGGUUUCUUUCUUUAUUUAAUGGAGGUACUGGUGAUUGAACCUAGGACCUCGCAUGCACACUAAGCACACGCUCUACCACUGAGCUAUACCCAUUAAAUGCUAUUCUUUAGGUUACCCUCUUACUAAAAUUCUGUGUUAUCUCAAUUACAUUCCUAAUCAUAAUUAUAUUCCUAAGGUUGAUAUUCAAACUCCUUAUUCUUUAGUCAUUUGUUUUUCACCCUAUUAAUAUAGUAUUUGCUCCAAGCCUUCCAUUUCUGUACAGCUUGCUAAAUUCUAUUUUAAUGUCUUACAGGUGAAAUAAAUGGCACCAUUUAUUGAGUGCGUACUCUG